AUGGAUGCUGCUGUUGCCAUCGACGGCGGCGAGAGGCGCUUGCCUCAUUCCUCGCCCGCUCUCUCUGUGAUCAACGCGCAACGUCAUGCGUCAGAAUGCCAACGCGGAUCUUCCCAGUCGGACGGUCGCGACGCCCACACGCAAACGCCGCCGCAACAUCAUCUCCAACCGCGAAGCAGCCCAGCAGCCGCGUCCGUCGACAGCUUCUCCUCGUACAUCAACAAGGACGCCGCGCUCUUCCAGAACCGCUCCAGCUCGCCACGCGCUGAUGACCAGCUUCGCGACAACAGCGACCCAGCGUCUCAGACCACCAGCAGCCCGCGUCCCCAACCUCGUCACUUGGUCACCACGCCCAUCGUAUCGCGCGACGCUUUUCGUCACCAGCCAUGGCUGCAACACGACCUUCCGCGGAGCGCCAGCAGCGUCAUGUCGAUCGAGCAUCUGCACAACGACACGAACUCUCAGCUGCCGCGCCACCAGGCCGAACACGCUGUCGACGAUCACGUCGACGUAGGUACACAAAACCACCGCUCGCCUGAGACCCGCAUCGAGAUGGCAGCACACACCUUCCACGGUCAGCGCGUAACAGCCUCGCCUAGUCCAGCCAUCGACGUCAACCGUCUUUCGAUGUCCAACCUUGCGCAGAAGAACCAGCAAGACGACGUCGAAGACUCGGUGUACGGAGACUCGAUGAGUGUCAACCGAGGUCCUGCUUCCGUUCUGGCCGAUGACUCGUUUGACAGCACCGCCAGCGUCGUGGGAGAGGACUCAAAGAACGAGAUCCGCCGAAGAAGGCGAACGCGUCCCGACGAGGCCAACCUGCUGGCUCAGGUCUAUGCGAAGAACCCUUUCCCCGACCACGAGACUCGCCUGUUCCUCGCCAACCGCGUGGGCAUGUCCGUCCGAGCUGUCUCUGUUUGGUUUCAAAACCGACGACAAGCCGAGAAGAAGCGAUCAGGAAGGUAUGGUGGCGCAGGCAUCGCUCCCACCUCAUCCGUUGCAGGCGACAACGCUGACAUUGAAGCCACAACCGCUGCGGAGGAUGCUCCUGCUACGAUCCUAGCGCCUGUCGUCGCGCUCGCUCAACGCAAGCCUCUGGGCAACGCUUCGGCUAACGGUGCCGCUCCUGCAAAGCACUUGGACCCUCAAUCGAUCACGGACCUGAGCAGCAACAACAAGGAGAAUAUCCCUCCUUGGCUCAACGGCCUUGCUACUGAAGAGCGGGUGCAACAGCGCCUCGAGAAGAUCAAGCGCGAAGCUCCUCAGGCUAGCCUGUCCAAGGAGCAGGUGCUCGCACCUCGUCAACCCGCGCGUGACCUGCGUCAGGCAGUAGGCCCCGAGGGAGUGGGCAUCGCUGUUCACCGCGUGCAAGUCGAUCGGACGGUGCCCGAGCAGCCGGCAACGGCUGAAGCUGCCGUAAUUAGCAGCUCCAAGUCCUCGCUGUCGCGUCAUCGUUCUGUGCCGCGACUGUCGCUCGACGAUGUCCUCAGUGGACGCAGCAAGUCAUUGCGACGAUCUGCCACAGAGCACGCCGGGCCGUUGAUCGCCGCGUCCAGCGAGCCGGAGCAAGAGCAGCUCGAUACGAUCCUGCCUCCGCCCAAGGUCCUGUCGCGUGCCUCUAGCUCAUCGAGCCUAAGCCUGCUCACCACGUCAGGUGGCAGGGCUAGCAUCGGCAGCUUGGGCCUGCGCCACGAGGCACCGGUAGCCGCGUCAUCUGAGGAUGUGCGACCAUCGCUGACGUCGAGCCUGCCUCCAAAGCUGACUGCAGCGUUGCAACGACAAGGUAUCAUCGCGAUGCAUCCUGACGCUGAUGGUCAAAAGGCCCAGGGCCAAGGUCUGCUGCAGAUGAUGCCCAGCAGCAGCGCGUCGAGCAGCGAAGCCGAUGCUCUCUACAGCAAUGAUCAGCGCAGAGACCAUGAAGAGGAUGAAGAGCGAACGCUCAAGAUGAUCGCCCAGCGACGAGCAGCCAAAGCUCAAGCUGCCGCUCUUGCCAAAGCGCAAGAAGCGAGGGAACGAGCUGCAUCUGGAGAGACGCCGGAGCGCGCUGGCGUGGUCGGGCUUGCGCCGUUGCAUCCGGGAUGUGCCGAUGCGAGGCAAGCGAUCGUGCAACAAGCCGGUCUUCUUGACAGCUCUGCUCUCGUCGGAAGCACGCCAAAGUCGGGCACGUCGACCGUUGUUGGUCUUGGUCCAGCGCGACAGCUCAGCCUUGAUUGGGCAGCCGGACGCGAUCGAGCCGCUACGUCGGCUCUUCCGAAGAGCAUCGGCGGCACCCCUCUUUCGCGAAGCGUCAGCGCGCGUCAACUGACGAUGCCGCAACCUAACGAGUCGACUCCCCUAACGCAGCAACGCAACGCAAAAUUGUCGGACAGCGCUCCGACAAAUGGGGAGAAGCGCAAGGCCGAUGCCGGCAAGGCAGGUCGUCGCUCGCUGUCGGCCACGGAUCUGACGCGACGAUUGCAGCAGGCUAAGCGAAAGGGCGAUGCAGCGCAACGCAGCGUCAGUGCCGGGCGCAAGCGUAGCGCUGCUGUCGCUGCUGCUCUCGAAGCUGGAGACGAGAACGUCGACCCGUCAGCCGCGACCGAUGCCGCUGCUGCCGGCGCUCCCGCUCAGAAUAGCGCGGGCAAACAAUCGGCUUCUCCGGUCAAGAGGCGACGAGCGCAACUCGAAGACAUCGUCCUGGCCUCGAGCCUCGCUGAGCCCGCUGUAUCGUCGAAAGCGACCGCUCCCUUCGGCGUGGGUAUGGGUGCUCCUAUCUCGCCCUUGCUCUCGUCGCGACCAUUCCUACCUCACGCGUCAUUCCCGUCUGCCUCGCGGACCAUGCCGACCAUGGUUGUCCCCUCGACGCCUCAGAACAGCUCGCUCUACACUUCGUCCGGCAUCCCGCUCAGCACGCGCUCCGACCGAUUCAGAGCCAUCGGCGCAUCACCUGCCGGUUCGCUCGGUCGUUCCAUCUCUGCCAACUACACAUCGCAUCGUCAGCUGCCCCGCUCCUCUGCUGCUCGCGACCACACUGGACCCAAUCGCAACUGGAACAGCAAUGCAGCUUGUCACAUUCGCACCUUCAGCAACAACGAUGAAGGUUGGACUCCGCGCUCGAACGGUGGUGGUGGAUCCAUGUCGCAGCCUCUACCCGCGUCGACGCCGUCGCGCGUGUUGGGCGAUCGAACGAACUUCGCCUCCACUCCCGCUUUCCACCACCACUCGUCCCACCACAGGGUGUUGCCGGGUAACAGUUCCGGCGAUUCACCCUUCGCCCAUGAUGACAGUGGAUUCUUCGAGGGCAUGAGCGACGACGACGAUGAACCCAGAGAGCAGAUCAAGAUUUCGCCGAGAAAGGCAUCGUUGAGGAGCAUGAGGGCGCCAGGAGCAGAGAGCGGCGACGACCGUCAGGCUGCAGAGUUGUUGUUGGGGUUGGGAAAGGUCGAUUCUAGCAGGGACAGCUCGUCGAGUCAGUGA